GCGCUAUUAUUCAUUUUAUGUUGUUUUCUGACUAAUGAGACCAGCCGGUAAAAACUUCUGGCCCCCAUGGACCGGUUUGUACAUGAAACAUCCUCCAUUCAGGGUGCACAGGCGUUGAUUUACUCAACUCAUAUGUGGAAAAAAAAUCGUGUUUUUGUUUUUGGGAUUUUCGGACAACUUCUGGAUGUUGUACACCUCUUGCGCUUGUUGUUUACCCCUGGUUGAACAUGGUGGGCAACAUAAGCACGUAACGUUAGCAUUAGCCACUCUAGUAUGGUGGUUGAAAAUGUUGUUUUAUUAAGACAGUGUGCAUAUGUCCCCCGUUUUUUUAUACCAACAAACCAUUAAAUCGAGCUAAGGAGGUUACGCACACAAGUGCAACCUGAGUGGAGGAUGUUUUACUUACGAUCCGGUCCAUUUGUGACACCUGGGCGGCGGGGUCGCCUAGUGGUUAGAGCGUUGGAUUAUUAACCGAAAGGCUGCAAGUUCAUAUCCCCGAGCUGACAGGGUACAAAUCUGUCGUUCUGCCCCCGAACAAGGCAGUUCCGCCAUCAUUGAAAAUAAGAAUUUGUUUUUAACUGACUUGCCUAGUUAAAUAGUAAAGCGUAAAGUAAGAUUACAAACGACGUAAAUGGAAUAACAGCGACAUCAUGCGGUCAGUUGGGCUAAGUAUGAGAAAGCCUAACGUGAAGAUGAAGCCGGUGUUACAGUUUUACAUCUCGUGAACAAGAUUUAGUCACCACCUUUCCACCAGAAGAGAAGACAGCGCUGGCUAGCAUUUUCCAUUCGUUGAGCUGGCCGGGGAUGCUAACCGCAAUGUGUGUACAGUGAAUUUGAAUGAGCUUUUCUUUUUAAAGCAGUCAAUGGCCAUAAAGCGUAGUUAUAGUAAAUAUUAGCCACAUCUACCGGGCUUAUGAGAGAAGAUCUCGUCAUGUUUAGUAGAGAUGCGGAGGUCUUGCGCGCGGGCUGCCAACAAAGUCCGUCUGAAAAAACGCUGCUGUUUCCCCAGCUCUCUCGUUUGACAUAGUCCGGGUGAUGACAAAGCUGAAUCAUGCCGGGUAAAUUGAAAGCUAAGAUUGUGGCGGGGCGUCACUUACCAGUCAUGGACCGAGCCAGCGACCUCACUGAUGCCUUUGUAGAGGUCAAAUUUGGCAACACAACUUUCAAAACGGAUGUCUACCCCAAGUCCCUUAACCCACAGUGGAACUCAGAGUGGUUCAAAUUUGAGGUGGAUGAUGAGGAUUUGCAGGAUGAGCCGUUACAGAUCACAGUGUUGGACCAUGACACUUACAGUGCCAACGACGCAAUAGGGAAGGUCUACAUUGACAUCGACCCUCUGCUGUCCAGUGAGGCUGCUACCGUCAUCUCUGGAUGGUUCCCCAUCUACGACACUAUACACGGUAUCAGAGGGGAGAUUAAUGUUCUGGUAAAGGUGGACCUCUUCAACGACCUAAACCGCUUCAGACAGUCCUCCUGUGGGGUCAAGUUCUUCUGCACAACAUCCAUCCCGAGGUGUUACCGCGCGGCGCUGGUCCAUGGUUUUGUUGAGGAGCUGGUAGUGAACGAGGACCCGGAGUACCAGUGGAUUGACCGCAUCAGAACCCCCAGGGCUUCUAACGAGGCCCGCCAGCGACUCAUCUCCCUCAUGUCUGGUGAGCUGCAGAGGAAGAUCGGUCUGAAGGUGUUGGAGAUGGGUGGUAAUGCGGUGGUGGGCUACCUGCAAUGCUUUGAUCUGGAGGGAGAGUCGGGUCUGGUGGUCCGAGCCAUCGGCACCGCCUGCACUCUGGACAAACUCAUCCCUGGGACUGGUUCCAACACCAUCACACACACCAACACUGCCCCGGCAUCCAAUGCCUGCAACUCCCCCUCUAAGGAAAUCAAAGAGCCCGUGUUCAGUGAGGACCCAACCCACCCCCUCUCUGUCCCUCCCACCCCUCUCAGAACACUUCCCCCCUCCUCCUCUCCUCCUCCCUUCUCUCCAUCCAAGCCAUGCAGUCGCCAGUCCUCCUCCUCAGACACAGACCUCAGUCUGACGCCCAAGAUGGGGAUGGGGAGUGGGAUCAGCGUUGGGAAAGAGGCAGGGCCUCUGAAGACCCUCCUCCGGCAGCAGGCCCAAUCAGCAUUGGAACAGAGGGAGUUCCCCUUCUUCACGUUGACUUGUUUUCCCCCCGGCUUCCUGGUUCACAUCGGGGGAGUGGUCAGCGCCCGCUCGGUCAAGCUGCUUGACCGCAUACACAACCCUGCAUUGGGUAACACACGCUCGUACAAACUGCUAGACUGGAAUAGUGUUGCUGCAGACGAGCCGGAGACGAGGGACGCGUGGUGGGAGGAGAUUCGUCAGGAGAUCAAGUCUCAUGCCAAAGCCCUGGGUUGCCACGCUGUGGUGGGAUACAGCGAGAGUACCACCAUCUGUGAGGAGGUGUGUAUCCUGUCUGCGUCGGGCACGGCGGCCAUGUUGAAUCCCAGGUUCAUGCGCGAGGGCUGUUUGGACGCCGGUGGCAGCGACCAAAGGUUGUCACGGCAACCACCUCUCGGCAUGGUUGGGUCGGAGAGGGCAGAGGGGGAAGUUAGCUCAUCUUGGCUGGGGUUUGAUGAUGCGUCACCCCCUAGCUGCGGAUUUUGUCACAUCCCAUAUGAUGAGUUCAACAUGCCGUUCCCAGCUCAGCUCACAUACUGCUACCACUGUAGGAGACAGAAGGUCCCUGACGUGCUCUUUACUACCAUAGACCUACCUGCUGAGGCUGCUGUUACUGGGAAGGGCUGCCUCAUACAGGCCAGGUUGUGUCGUACCAAGAAGAAGGCUCAAGGGGAGGUGAAUGCCACAGCCAUCUCUAACCUCCUCCCCUUCAUGGAGUAUGAGCUACACACCCAGUUGAUGAACAAACUGAAGCUGCGCUGCAUGAACGCUCUGUUUGGGCUCCGCAUUCAGAUCAGUGUGGGAGAAAACAUGCUCCUAGGACUAGCUUCUGCAACGGGUGUGUACCUGUCAGCUCUUCCAGCUCCAGGUGGUAUCCAGAUAGCUGGUAAGACCCCCAGUGACCUGAGCUACGACCAACACAUUUCAACCAUGCAGAAGCGCAUCAACGACACCAUCGUCAUGAAUAAGGAGCUCUACAACAUACACCCCCCGGAGUGUAUAGAGGAGGUGGUGGGGUCUCCUAUCCCUGACAGACAGCGGUCCAGACUGUUCAGGUCUACCUCUGAGAGUUCAGAUGAGCUGUCAGAACUAGACCUGUCCCACGGCAAGAAGGACGCCUUCGUACUGGAGAUUGAUGACACUGAUGCAGUAGAGGACAUCCAAUCCCUUCUCACUGAUGCCCCCAUGCCUGCAGGGUUUUACAGCUGUAACACAGAGGUCAUGCCUGGGAUUUACAACUGGACUUCAGGGCUACAGAUGUUUACAUCUGUCAGGGUCUACAGACUCAAUAAUGCCAAUCUGACCAACCAGGGCCUCAACAAGAUCUUCACUGACCUCUGUGAGAAUUUACUCAAGAGUCUAUACUUUAAGUUACGUUCCAUGAUCCCCUGCUGUCUAUGCCAUCUCAACUUCACUGUAGCCGUACCAGAGGAAGAACUCAUACAGGUGGCGGUGACAGCUGUAGCCAUGAGUUUUGACAAGGAGACUCAGCUGGCAGCAGACAAGGCUCUUAACGAGGGGAGUGGUGAGAAUGAAGAGCAGCUACAGUUUUCUAUGGAGCUGUGUGGAGAGUCAACGUCCUCCAACAACCAGCCUACAGCCAAAGCUUCAGGUCUUCCAGAGAGUGCCAUGACCCACUCCUCAUCUCGAGACAGAUGCAGCACCUGGCUAGAGCUGCUUAGGCUGAAAGCUCACACCAUAAGACGAGGAUCAGUUAAGACAAGUAGGAGGACACAGUCGCUAGCAAACUCUGUCUCGUCCUCAGAGCGCUGCAGUCCUCUCCCAGAGGUGCGGUCCCGGUCCCUACGCUCCACCAGGUCGUUGCCAUGCGGUGCCCCUGUUACCGUGGUGAAGAUGACUCCUCUGUCCUUUCUCCCCAUGACGCGUAUUGUCAAAUACUUGGGAAUCAUCAACAUGUUCUUCAUUAGAGAGACCACGUCACUACGAGAGGAGGGAGGUGUAAGUGGGUUCCUGCAUUCCUUCAUAGCGGAGGUGUUUGCCAUGGUCCGUGCCCAUGUAGCAGCUCUGGGGGGCAACGCCGUAGUGUCAUACAGCAUGAAGGAGUGUGUCUUCAUGGAAAACCCCAACAAGAACCAGGCUCAGUGUCUGAUUAAUGUUAGUGGUGAUGCUGUCAUCUUUGUCAGAGAAUCAGACCAGGAGGCCAUACCCCCUCUGAUUACUAGCGGACAGACCAGCACCACUGGGGCUGAUGGGACCACAUGACACACACACACACACUUGAGUCUAGCCAUCCAAAUAAUUGUGAUUUAUGUCUGCCAUAAACAGACUAGUUGAUGGAGAAAUUGUCUCUUAAUUGUCCAUUAAGGCACUCUACAUAAGCCAUUUAGAGGCAUUAUGUAAUGUCUGUCUGUCUGAUAUAAUAGACAUUCCAAUACAUGGUGAAGUUUUAGGCAGCUAAAAGACUGAUUGCUCUCCAUCCAGACUCAGCAGUCACUAUCCGGCCAUUCUAAAGUGUACAGGGUAGUCAUUAGUACACAGCCAUGGUAAAGACUACCAUACUCAGUACAGCAGGGUUUCCCAAUAGGCAGCCCGUGUGCCAAAUUCGACCCAUGUGUGGUUUUAUUUUGCCCACUCAAGAUUUUGGAGCAAAAAAAACAUGGUUUUAUAUCAUUUUUGUUCUUUGACAUAAGACUGUAAAAUCACCAGGAAAUUAGCUCAAAGUGAUUUUAAUUUAGGAAAUCUGUUUCCAAGUAUUCCCACGCAUAGCUAUAGGCAUAUGUGAUCGUAUCCUAAUUUAAUCAAGGUGUGAAAUACUAUAUCUGUUUGGGAUUCUUGCGGUCAAUUUGUAGGGUACUAAUUAUUUAUAACUAUUUUCUGGACCCCCGACCAUCUGCUCAAGGAAAAGUAGGCCCACGACUUAAUAAUUUGGGACCCCUGCAGUACAGGGUAGCCACUACUGAAGAUGGCCAUACUAGAGAACUAAAUUGAGUUUAAUUGUCUGUCACUGUAUGACAAUGUUUUUGGCAAACAUGCACACAUACACCCACCCUGUGGACAGCCUCCUGUCACACUCCUGGCUGUCCUGACUGCGGCCUCAACGGUGUCCAUACUACUGAACUCUCCUGUUUUUAACAAUCAUGUAAAUGCUGGAAAAUAAACUUAUUGCGAUGACCUCUUUUUGUUCAUAGCCUGGGUGCAACGAUAACUUUUAUUUGUGUAAAUGUACUCUAAAAUCUGAUUUUAGUAUUUUUAUAAAGUUAAAGUAUAUUAGUGGUGUCUAAUUUUGCAUGUCUAAUGAAGUCCUUGAAGUUUGAUUCAUUGUGUAAGAAGUAAGGCUACAUGAUGCGUUCUACUGUUAAUGAAUACAACCUGUUUCUCUUUCUCUGUAAGACUUGAAUGUAAAUACAUAUCGAGUGUGUUACUUAGUGUCUAGCAGCAUGUAUCUACUAUUGCCAUGACUCUGUCAGCUUAUUGCCAUGACUCUGUCAGCUUGUUGCCUGAGAUAAAAAGUGCUGCACAAUAAACUGAACUACAGUGAAAAACAGCCUGCCAA